AUGUCUUCCCAACCCCGAUAUAUUGCAAUUGCUCAACGCAAGCAAGCAGAGCUUGCUGCUGCUAUUCCUCCUGAAUGGCGUCUACCCGAUCACGCAAUUCCGGAGGGUAUGCUCUCUGUCGCCGAAUCGAUUACCGAGGGCCCGAAGAAAUAUGGACGCGUGAGCGUGAUGGAAAUUCCACGGACUUGUGGUCUUCUUUCUGCCAAGGAGUUGGAUAUAACUGAGAAUUAUGAUAUCCGGGGGCUUGUUGCAGAAAUGUCGGAGGGAAGAUUCAAGGCUGAAGAGGUGGUGCGCGGGUUUUGUAAGAGAGCAGCAAUCGCUCACCAACUCACCCGCUGUCUUACCGAGCCCCUCUUUCACCGUGCAUUGAAGCGAGCCCAGGAACUAGAUGCCCACCUCCAGCGCACGGGAACCCCGGUCGGCCCUCUGCACGGUCUACCAAUCUCGGUGAAAGAUACAUUCAACGUACAAGGAGUGGACUCGAGUAUCGGACUAUCUGCACUAGCAUUUAAGGCCGCCAAAGAGAACGCUCCUCUAGUCGAUCUUCUCGAAUCCCUCGGCGCGGUCAUCAUCGCCAAGACCAACAUCCCUCAAACACUCGCGACACUGGACAGCUGCAACCACCUCUUCGGGCGCACUUUGAACCCUCUGAAUCGGCAAUGGACUGCAGGGGGUAGCACCGGUGGCGAGGGGGCGUUGAUCGCCAUGCGUGGGUCAAUGGUCGGCUUUGGUACGGAUAUCGGUGGUAGUAUCCGUGUUCCAGCCAUGUGUCAGGGUAUCUAUGGGUUCAAGCCCAGCUUGGGACGUGUACCAUUUGGAGGUCAGAUGAAUGGCCAGAUUGAAGGCAAGGGCCGGAUUGGUUUGCAAGCUGUGGCUGGGCCGUUGGCCCGCUCCGUCGCUGAUAUCGAUGCCAUCAUGGCGGAGAUCGUCCCGCGCGCAGAAUUAUUCGGCGAAGAUGGAAUUCCAGGCUCGUGGUCUUCACAUCCUGUGCCGAGGUCACUCUCUCCUCCUCGCGGCUUUACCAUCGGCGUACUCAAAACUGAUGGUCUCGUCACCCCUCUCCCGCCUAUCACCCGUAUCCUAGAUGAAGUCGCCCAGACACUUCGUCAUACCCCCGGCGUUGAAGUUGUCGAGCUCCCCGUUCCUUCCGUCUUGCCAAAAUGCCAAGCCCUCGCUGGCCGGCUCAUGGGUGUUGAUGAUGGCUCUCACAUGCUCAAUUUGAUCGAGAGCAUGGACGAGGAACUUACCCCUUGGCUGCAGGGCCGUAUGAAGCGCGGCAAAGAUCUGACCAUCCCUCAGCUUGCUGGACUGCAAGCCCAGCGUGCUGAAGUUGAAAAGGAGAUGCUGAAGAUGUGGACUUUAUCAAACGGAUCGUCGAAAACCAGACGUGUUGACGCUAUCAUUUGCCCUGUGGCUCCGCACCCGGUGCCGCAGCUUGAUCGGUACAAUGCUGUUGGUUACACAUCUACUUUUGUCCUAUUGGACUAUCCAGCGGGUGUGGUUCCAGUUCGUCCAUUCGCGGACUCAGAUCUGGAGACUGGACGGGAUAUGGACGCGCCUGUGCUGGGUAGUUGGGACAAGGCUAACCGGCAACUGUGGAACGAAAAGACAACCGACCGCCGUGUAUACUUGGGAUCACCUCUCAGUGUCCAAGUUGUGACCCCCAAGCAGCAUGAUUACGAACUUCUCCAGGCAAUGGAGGUUGUAGACCGGGCCGUGCAGGGCCGUGUAGGCUCGAUCAGUGCAAAGCUCUAA